AUGGUGAAAAACUACGAUACUGUUUUCAUGAACAAACCAAACACCACUGCUGCAAAUAUCUUGUUUUAUGGGUGCAAAGAUUUGGGGUUUUCACCUUAUGGAGAUUAUUGGAGACAAAUUAGGAAACUUUGUGCUCUUGAGUUACUAAGUGCUCGAAGUGUUCAAACGUUUCAGUUCGUAAGAGAAGAAGAAGUUGAUGCUAUAAUAAGGAAAAUCCAUGAGGCUGCUGUUAAUGGUGAUGUUGUUGAUUUAACCAAGAUGUUAAUGGCGUCUCGAGUAAUUGAUGAACAUAAGGAAAAGGAAGCCAUUGAUGAAAAGAAAGACUUCAUUUCUAUCAUUUUGCAACUUCAAAAAGAUGGCUUGGAUCUCACUCAAGGCAACAUCAAAGCAAUCAUACUGGACAUGUUUGCUGGAGGAACUGAAACAACAUCCACAACAGCGGAAUGGGCAAUGUCUGAAUUGUUGAAAAAACCAGACGUGUUGAAAAAAGUUGAACAAGAUGUACGAAAAGUGGCGAAAAACAAACAGAAAAUCGAUUUAAACGACCUAAAUGAAAUGAAAUACUUGAAAUGUGUGAUCAAAGAAACAUUAAGGCUUCAUCCCCCAGUUGUUUUCUUGGUCCGUCGAGGAACAUCAGAAGCCGUUAAACUAGGAAAUUACGACAUUCCACCCGACACUACAGUUUUCAUCAAUGUGUGGGCGAUUCAAAGGGACCCGACAUGGUGGGAAAACCCCGAAGAGUUCAUCCCGGAAAGAUUUGAGAACUCCAGGGUUCAUUUUAAGGGUCAAGAUUUUCAGUUCAUCCCGUUCGGAUGCGGGAGAAGGGAUUGUCCUGGGAUGCCAUUUGCGAUUGCAUCGCUUGAAUAUUUAGUUGCAAAUCUUUUGUUUAGGUUUGAUUGGAAGUUGGGUGAUGGUGAAACUACGGAGACUUUGGAUUUGAUUGAAAACUAUGGGCUUACUGUUAAUAAGACUCUUCGUGUUAUGCCCACCAUAUUUCAUCCAUCUACUUAG